AAUGGUAGUCUCUCUCUGUCUCUCUCCCCUUCUCUUGCCAAUCAUUCCAAGGAGAGAGCGCUUGCUCAGCCUUGAGUAUUGUAAUACACAUUACAUUACACAUACGGCUCUCUCUCUCUCUAUCUCUCGUUGGACGGCUGGAGAACAGGUUAUUUCAUCAUUUGGUGAAGUUUUGGCACAUCAUUUGCUGAUUGUUAGCCGUGAAAACAAUUGUUUCUUUUGUAGCCAUGGCAACAAAUGAAAACCUUCCUCCAAAUGUAAUAAAGCAACUUGCCAAGGAGUUGAAGAAUCUUGAUGAAUCACCGCCUGAUGGUAUAAAAGUUGGAGUUAAUGAUGAGGACUUUUCAACCAUAUAUGCUGAUAUUGAAGGGCCAGCGGGAACGCCAUAUGAGAAUGGACUCUUCCGAAUGAAGCUGUUACUCUCUAGCGACUUUCCACACUCUCCACCCAAAGGGUAUUUCCUGACAAAGAUUUUCCAUCCAAAUAUUGCAACCAAUGGUGAGAUUUGUGUCAAUACAUUGAAAAAGGACUGGAAUCCAAAUCUUGGACUACGACAUGUUCUCAUUGUUGUGAGAUGUUUAUUGAUUGAACCAUUUCCAGAAUCAGCCUUAAAUGAACAGGCUGGCAAAAUGCUCCUUGAAAACUAUGAGGAGUAUGCUAGACAUGCCAGGCUAUACACUGGAAUUCAUGCUAAACCGAAACCUAAAUUAAAGUCAGGAGCUAUUUCGGAGUCUACUACAGCUUUAAAUGUUGAUCAAAGUAAUUCCUCCGUUCUCAACAAUGACCAGAAGAACACAGCAAUUGCUCCAGUGAUAGCAUUGCCAUCUCCAUUGGCUCCUUGUACAGCAGCCACAAAAGGAGGAAACGGUCAGGAACAUUCAUCAGCCAUUGUUCCAGUGGCUGAGACAGGAGAUGGUGAAUCUGAGACAGUGGCAACACCAGUAGUCAGUACUCAAAAGAAGGAAAAUGGAGCAGCCAAAGUUCAGGUAGACAAGAGAAAAAUGGAUGCAAGAAAGAAGAGCUUAAAGAGAUUGUAAUCAUAGAUGUAAGGAAAGGUAUUGUGAUGUAAGGAAUUUCAACUGGGACAAGUGAUGGAUUAAAUCCUCUUUAUUUCAGUUGCA